AUGAGUGCCUCCUCGGACGAAGAGGAGGCGAGACCAGGCAGAGGAAAGCUUCUUCAGCGGCAGAAGCGAGAGCUGAAGGCUCUCUUGGAGCAGAAGCGCUUGGAAGCCGGUAAGCUCACAAGCUUCGCGAAAGCCAAAAGGGAGCACAAGAAGAUCGAAGCGCGCCAGGAGAAGCGGGACCUGGAGGAGAAGUUCCGGGUGCUGGAGGAGGAGCUGAAAGCCAGGCACGAGACGGAGCUGAAAGAGUUGGGACCCUCCGGCAACGCUGAGCCCGAGGCCAACUUGCCGGUUUCUUCGGACCAGGAUGGCCUCGAGAUGGAAACUGAAGCAGGCACAAGAAGGGCCCGAAUACAAAAGAAGAAAGACAUGCUCGCAGAGAUCGAGAAGGAGCUUCGGGAAGCGGGCACUUGUGGUCGGCGAGAAGCCAGCAAGAGCCGGAGCGGCAGUCGCGGCAGAGAGGACAAGCUAGUUCCGGCCGCGGCACCACAACGAGUCCGGAUUCAGUCCUUCGAGGAGAUCCUGGCAGCUGUGCGCUCCGGCGCCAUGCCUUCCAUGAUGCCCGCCAGGGCCGGCUCCGCGUUGCAGCCGCAGACCGCAGGGGGCUUCAUGCUGCCAGCACGCUCGCUCUACGACUCCGGCUACAAGGGCCAAAUGUUCGGGCCUUCCGGUGAAGAUUGCCCACAAGCACGUCCGGAGAUGCUCGAGCGGGCAAAGGAGGAAGCCAAGAUGGCAGAGGAGCAAGGCAAGCGAGCCGCCAAAAAAGGCGCCUCCAUCCCGACAGGGCCACCAGGACUUCCAACGGGCGUGGUGGUCGUUGAGCAGAAGUACGUGGAUUUCCUGCUUGGCCCGGGAGGGCAAUCCCUGGCAGCGAUCAACCACGCAGCCGGGGUCAAUGUGAAUCUGGAUCAGACGCACAAGUUCUCGGGCUAUAGCAUUGCCAACAUCUACGGGCCCGAGGACCGGGUGCGAAAUGCGAAAUUGGCGAUUGACUUCAAGCUCUCCCAGUGGCUUCCACUUCAUGAGCGACGAAGAACAGGAGGUGCGGUGAACAGCCAGUCGAACCAGGUCCCUGCGCCACUUGGGGGACGGGAGCUGGGAGCUUAG